CCGGCCUUUGCAAAGCCUAAUUUCUUUUCGACACUCACUAUCUAAAACUUCUUUCGGAAACUCAAAGCAAGAAAAACGACUCAAUAUGGCUUCACCGACUCUCAUGGAUGUGCCAUUCGACGAGCUCCCCGACCCGAAGCGAGUCUGGAUUGGCGAGCCGGGCAGCCACGUGGAGGGCUUGGGACGUUUGGUGCUGCUCACUUCAGAAAGAAUCGCUAAAGCAGCAGCGGGUGAGAUCAAGACGGGCAAGCGAGUAACGCUUGGAUGGGAUCUCACUAAGCUCGAGUUUGCAUGCUUCAACCGUCAGCCUUGCCAGCAUAACAUUGUUUCCCUACUGGACGGGACCGCUUUCGACGACGUGUAUACCUUGAACCCACAGCAAAGCAGCCAGUGGGACGGACUUCGCCACUUCUCCCAACCAGCUGGUUCGGACUCCAGCGAGCGCGUCUUCUAUGGCGGUACCACCAAGGCUGAGAUCUUGGAUCGCGGGAACAACCGCAUCGGCAUGCAGCAUUGGGCUCGUGAGGGAAUAGUUGGACGCGGAGUGCUCAUCGAUUAUGUUUCAUGGGCCGAAAAGAAAGGGAUCAACUAUUCGACUUUCUCUUUGCACCAAGUCAAGUUGACCGACAUAUUGGAAAUUGCAAAAGAAUGCAACAUCACUUUCGAAAAAGGCGACAUCCUCUUCAUCCGCAUCGGCAUCACCAAGGAGUGGGAGACUGCCAUGAAUGAGGACGCCAAAAAGGCCUAUGCCGCGGGCACGAGUCCAAAGCAUGCCGGUGUCGAGGGCACCAUGGAUGUACUCAGGUGGCUUUGGAACACCGGCUUUGCAGCCGUUGCAAGCGACGCCAUCAGCUGGGAGGUCUACCCUACACCUCCUGGGGGUGUUUUCCUCCACGAAUACCUGCUCGCGGGCUGGGGCAUGCCAGUCGGCGAGAUGUUCGAUCUCGAGAGGCUUUCCGAGAUAUGCAAAGAACUGAACCGAUGGAGCUUCUUCGUCUCGUCGGUGCCGCUCAACAUGCCCGGCGGUGUAUCAUCUCCCCCGAAUGCCAUGGCUAUCUUCUAGGGCACGUGAUGGUGGCGAGCAGUGAGGGAAAUAAUGUUGGUGAUAUAGACGUGUCAAUGAAGAUGCGCGAGAUGCG